UCCACAACCUCUCUCACUUCUCACGGCCUCUCGCUCUCCCACGCGCGUGCGAAGGAUUUCACCAACGGUAACUGGCAGUCAAGGAAGGAAUGGAUGUUUCCGAGGAAAGGCCUCCGGUCAGGGCAAAGCAAUACAAGCGUUACCUGGCGCCGCACGCGAACGCUCACAUUAACGUUGGCCCGGAGUAUCAGGCGGCCAUCCCGGCGCUCGAGCCGAGUGUUGCGUUUAUUCCGCCAACACCACCAAGAUUAAGCGAACAAAGAACCGCGGAGGCCUCCGCCGCCGCCGCCGCCUCCGAAAUGGACGAAUGACUCUCUGCAGUGACUCAAGAUGCAGAGGGUGGGUGGAUACGUGGAGGCCGCACGCGCGCUUUGAGCUUCUCGGUACGAGUGUAUUGAUGCGCGCAAGAGAGGGAGAGUGUAUCCAAGGAUUGUGAAACCAUAGAGGUAGAAAGUGGGGUCUGUCACAGGUUGUCCACCUCGAGGAAAAGCGACGCCAUCCCGUGCGUCGGUGGGGAUCGGCGUACACUGGCAGUGCCAACUAAGCCGCUGUUGCUUGUGGAGCCACCAAUCUGAACCACGGCGGUCAAUUGUGGCGGGGUCUGCUCAAGAGUCUUUUUGUUCUGUUUCGAAAUAUUUUUUAGGUAUGCUCGCCAUUUGCUGUACGUGCAUGUCGGUGGCAUCGUGUUGUGGAUUCUGGAGUAGACCUGACCUGAGAUGGAAGCGUGGGCAACAUGCACCGUCCGUCCGUCCGUGAGACAGGGCAACUGACCCCAGUACGGUAGUCAAGACUCCAUGUUGUCCGAUAUCCUCGGCCAUGAGUUCCCUCCCGAGUUUCGCUCGUUCUAAGAGUAGAUGCCGAAGGAUAAGUUAUGCGAUAUGGUAUUGAUGUACUUCCUCUUGUGACACCUUGUAGAGUAUGCCGGCGUGUGAAUGCCGCUAUUGUAGCAGUGAGAGCUAUGUACGCAUACGUUGUUUUUGUGCGUUUGCGGUACAGAGCUGCGUGACUGCUGUUUGUUCCUGCCUGCUUCAUCUUAGAACAAAAAAUCACUUGAACAUUUGGAUGUCGGUAUCGUGCUGGCGUGGGCUGUUGAGAUGGGCAGUGGUAUGGGUGACGCAGCAACGAGGCUCUUCGAAGUUUUUUGUGUUUUUCGUGUACAGCUGUAUAGAUAGAUGAGGUGUCUUGUUUGG